GCAGAACGCCACCCCCUGCAACCGCUGCCUCCACACGCACACGGCGUCAGUCACAACAUUCCGCAGCCAUGGAUAUCAUUGGAGAGGUUGUGGUGAAGCUGGGCAUGCCCAUCCUUGAGCGGGACCUCGUGCCCGACUCACUGAUUCGCGCUGUCUGCCGCUUUCUCAUUCGGGACACAAUUCGCCAAAACGCGCCCGAGAGCAUUGAGGAGCUGCAAGCUCGGAAACAGGCCUUUGUGGCGGAUCUCAAGACGCGUGCCAUUGCUGAACAAACAGGCGCUGCUAAUGAACAACAUUAUGAGAUUCCCACCCGCUACUACGAUCUCAGCUUGGGACCCCGCAAGAAGUAUAGCUCCUGCCUAUGGAGCGACGGCGUUACGACCCUUGCCGAGGCAGAGGAUGCCGCUUUUGAAGAGACGUGCCGCCACGCUCGCAUCACAGAUGGUCUGCGCAUCCUCGACCUGGGUUGUGGGUGGGGCUCCCUGACACUCUGGCUGGCCGAACACUAUCCCAAAGCCACCAUCCACAGCAUCAGCAACUCACGCACCCAGAAGCAGUAUAUUGACGACCAAUGCCGAGCCAAGGGCUACAAGAAUGUGACCGUCUUCACCUCUGACAUUAAUGAUUUUGAGGCUGAGGGCAACUACGAUCGCGUCAUGAGCAUUGAGAUGUUUGAGCACAUGAAGAACUAUGAGAAGCUCAUGAACAAGAUUACCAACUGGCUCAAGCCUGGAGGUUUCCUCUUUGUGCACAUUUUCACCCACCGCGAAGCUGCCUAUCACUUUGUCUCCGAUGAAGCCAAGGCCUCAAACUGGAUGGCCAAUUACUUUUUCAGCGGGGGCACCAUGCCUAGCAUGGACCUUCUUCACUUCUUCACUGGUCCCCUGGGCUUGAAAGAACAGUGGACAUGGAAUGGUGGCCACUACGCCAAGACUCUCAACGCCUGGUUGGCCCUCACGGAUGAGAAUGCGACCGAGGCAAAGGAAGCCCUGCGUGAGGCGUAUGGCAAGGACUGUGAUAUUACCAAGUAUUUUGUGUAUCACCGCCUCUUUUUCAUUGCGUGUGCGGAGCUCUUUGACCUGAACAAUGGCAAUGAAUACUUUGUCACGCACUACUUGUUUGAAAAGCCUGUUGACACGUCAAGCACGGUCAAGCCAUGAUGUGGUCAAUACUCCUUCAUGGAAGGCUACACGGCGUACCAAGAAUGACAGUGUGAUAAAAACCGAAGAAACUGUUUCGUGGCUUGCCUGAAGCCCGAAACAUGCACACACUCGCUCUCGAGAAUUCCAUUAGACAAAACUCUGAACACCAA